GAUCCAUUCUUAGGCCGCAAACUUCUCGGGGUGUUAAUGAUUCGUCUUAAUAGGGAAGUCCAAAUGUUUGUACCCCGUCCUAAAGUUGGGUAACUCCAGAGUUUUGGAACCCGAGAUAGCAAUGAAUAAUGACGCAUCCCAGAAGGGCCGCUAGUAAAACUUGUCUCGCUGUAUGUUUGGUUUUUUUGCCUUUCAUCGGUUUGUAUUCGAUACUUUAGUCGUAUUCGGACCCUUCUUGUGUAACGUACUAACGAGUAAAUAUACAAAGAGAUCUGUGGGGAGUUUACACAAUUUUUUUGUUUUCAGUUUCCCAUGCCAAUCAACUUAUCGUAGUCUUCGUUUCAACAGAGAGAAGGAUGUUGGUUAGUUCAGCUGAAUCUCAGUCCCCCCCAGUUGUUGUAUCAGCUGAUCCAUAUUCAUGGUCAACGAAACGAAAAGCGUUCGUAUUUGUUAUUGGCAUGAUCGCCGUUGCUAAUAGCACUUUGGGCUCGGCUCUUCCGAGCGGCGCCGUGAAUUUCGUCGCUGCGGACUUCGGCGUUAGCAACCCGCAACUGCUCACAUUGCCCGUCACUUGUUACCUCAUUGGCUACAUUGUAGGGCCCAUCGCAUUUGGGCCACUAUCCGAGACCUACGGCCGCCGCCCUGUCACCCUCAUAACUUUUGCUUUCUACACAGUCUUCACUCUAGCUUGCGCAUUAGCGCCUACAUUUGCCGCCCUAGUCGUCUUCCGGCUGCUCGCAGGAAUUUUUGCUUCUUCACCCCCCUCCGUUACAGGCGGUAUCUAUGCCGAUAUUUACUCCGAUCCGAAGAUCCGGGGACGGGCUAUGGCAGGUUAUAUGGCUGCUACAACUUUAGGACCUACGAUGGGCCCAUUGAUGUCGGGAUAUCUCUCUGAAAAGGGAUGGAGAUGGACAUUCUGGGUUGCAUUGAUAGUCGUCGGGGCAUCAUGGCCCUUUUUGCUUCUCUUGCCUGAAACAUUUGGGCCUGUGUUACGACGUAAACAAGGUAUGGCGGAUACCGACGUCAGUGUUUUGGCGCAACUCACGCGAGAGAAUUGGCACCAUCUCUUCACCAAAGUAUUAUCCAGACCCAUUAAAAUGUUCUGCACCGAAAGCAUCGUAUUUUUCUCCUGUCUCCACCUGUCGUUCAUCUACGCCAUAUUCUACUUGUUCUUCGAAGCAUACCCAAUUGUCUUCGAAGGUAUAUAUGGUAUGACGGCUGGAGAACGUGGCUUGAUGUUUAUCCCCAUUGCCGUCGGCGCCCUUCUUUCUUUUAUAAUUUACCUAACUUACGACCGUAUUUACCAACGUGCUCAGAUGCGAGACAAGCAUUGGGUCAAAGUAGAGGAGUACCGCUGCCUGCCCCUUGCCUGCAUCGGCGGGCCGUUACUAUCGGCGACUAUAUUUUGGCUUGCCUGGACGGCGAGGCCUUCCGUACAUUGUAUUGUUCCUGCGAUCGCAGGUGUUCCGUUUGGCAUUGCGCUGCUCUUAAUAUUUAUGGCAUUGAUUAAUUACCUUGCUGAUGCAUACAGAAUAUUUGCUGCAAGUGCUCUAGCCGCUUCAAGCUGCUCGAGGAGUCUUGUAUCGGCAUUGUUGCCUCUGGCUACCGAUCCUAUGUACCGACAUCUUGGUGUGAACUGGGCCACUAGUCUACUCGGUUUCUUGAGUUUCGCGAUGGCCGUCAUUCCGUUCGCCUUUAUAAGAUUCGGCCGCCAUUUGAGGGAGAAUAGCAAGUUUAGCCAGUCGCUAAAGACGCCACAAUCAGGAUAGAGUUGGUUCUGGUGCUUACUGUCACAAAUCGCAAGGCUUCGCGGCAUUAUAUUUAGAACACUGGUAGAAUAAAUUUAGCAUAGAUAGUAAUUUUCAUGCCCUAAGUCUGAGAAGAUUCUGGGCCGCGGGGCUGAAAAGCCUUGACACCGAACUCCCUUUUCGA